AUGACGAACACUGUCUAUCUCAUUACUGGCGCUAGCCGUGGAAUUGGUCGUGGUCUAGUUGAGACAUUCCUCGCUCGCUCCAACACUACCGUCAUCGCGGCCGUCCGUGACCUCGCUAGUGCCCCCUCCCAGUCACUGCAAUCCCUCUCUAAGGGAGAAUUUUCUCGCCUUAUAGUGGUGAAAAUUGACUCAAAGUCCCCCACCGACCCAGCUGCUGCUGUCAAGACCCUCCAGACAGAGCACAGCAUUGACCACAUAGAUGUGGUGAUCGCUAACGCCGGCAUUAGCGAGGACUUCUCGCCCGUGCACGAGGUUUCCAUUCCCGUGAUUCAACAGCACGUUGAGGUCAAUGCCUAUGGUCCCAUUUACCUCUACCAGGCGGUGUACACACUGCUUAAGAAGAGCACGAAGCCCACCUUUGUGGGAGUCGGCAGUCCUCUAGGUAGCAUCGCGGGUAUGGAGCAGCGCCCAUUCCCAAAUGCUGCGUAUGGACCUAGCAAGGCUAUGUUACACUGGAUUGUGCGCAAGAUUCAUUUCGAGAAUGAGGACUUUGUGAGCUUCGUUUCUGAUCCUGGAUUCGUCCAAACUGAUAUGGGCAAUGCCGGUGCCAAAGCUGUCGGGAUGGAGAAGGCCUUCCAGACGGUCGAAGAGAGCACCGGCGGUAUUGUGAAGACGAUUGAUGAGGGGACGAGGGAGUCGGUUGGUGGACAGCUGCGCGUGUGGGAUGGAACAGAGUUCCCAUGGUAA